AUGAACCUCCGGCAGCUGUUUUUGUACUUUCCCCGCUAUCUCGGGGUCUCGAGUUCCUUACGUCGCUGGUGGUGGUCCUCAUCUCUCAACCCCAUAUCCACAGUGGGCUCCUGGCGUGGCCAGUCCUCCAAGUCCCCGGCUCACUGGAACCAGGUGGUGUCAGAAGCUGAGAAGAUCGUGGGCUAUCCCACGUCCUUUAUGAGCCUCCGCUGCCUCCUGAGCGACGAGCUCAGCAAUAUUGCCAUGCAGGUGCGGAAGCUGGUGGGGACUCGGCACCCUCUGCUUACAACGGCCAGGGGCCUUGUAUAUGACAGCCGGAAUAACCUGCAGUUGAGGGGCUUGGUGGUGCUACUUAUUUCUAAAGCGGCUGGGCCCAGCAGUGUGGAUGAGUCAUGUCAGAACUAUGACAUGGUCAGUGGGAUCUAUUCAUGUCAAAGAAGUUUGGCAGAGAUCACAGAACUUAUCCAUACGGCUCUUCUUGUGCAUCGUGGGAUUGUCAAUCUAAAUGAAUUGCAGUCUUCUGAUGGGCCACUGAAAGACAUGCAGUUUGGAAAUAAAAUAGCUAUCCUGAGUGGAGACUUUCUUCUAGCAAAUGCCUGCAAUGGACUUGCUCUGCUGCAGAAUACCAAGGUUGUGGAACUUUUAGCAAGUGCUCUUAUGGAUUUGGUACAAGGAGUAUACCAUGAAAAUUCUGUGUCAGCAAAGGAAAAUUAUAUCACAGAUGAUAUUGGAAUAUCAACUUGGAAGGAGCAGACUUUUCUCUCCCAUGGUGCCUUACUAGCAAAGAGCUGCCAAGCUGCAAUGGAAUUAGCAAAGCAUGAUGCUGAGGUUCAGGAUAUGGCAUUUCAGUAUGGGAAGCACAUGGCCAUGAGUCAUAAGAUAAAUUCUGACCUCCAGCCUUUUAUUAAAGAAAAGGCAAGUGACUCCAUGGCUUUUAAUCUGAAUUCAGCUCCUGUAGUCUUACAUCAAGAGUUUCUUGGAAGAGAUUUGUGGAUGAAGCAGAUCAGAGAGGCUCAAGAGAAGGGAAGGUUAGACUAUUCUAAGUUGCGAGCAACAAUCAAAGCUGGCAAAGGUGUGACUUCAGCUAUUGACCUGUGUCGUUACCAUGGAAACAAAGCACUGGAGGCCCUGGAGAGCUUUCCUCCCUCGGAGGCCAGAUCUGCUUUAGAAAACAUUGUGUUUGCCGUGACCAGAUUUUCGUGA